AUGCAAGCAAAGCCACUGGGCUGCCGCGUCCCUUCAACCAACAUUUCGGCCUGUGGGAUGCCAUGGGUCCUGAGCGGGUCCCUUGGUUGCCCGGGGCUGCGCCUCGCGCUAAGAACAGACAGUGAGACCAAAUGCAGCCAAUUCAUUCACCCAAAUCCCCUUCAGCCCUGGGCGGUUAGCCAAGUCGACUUAUUCCUAGCGCUGCGGCAAUUGGGACAAGGCCCGGAAGCUCAGUUACUGCAACUGAGACCCUCCGGCAUCCAAAAUGUUGUUUGUUCGCCGAAAUAA